AUGGCUUCCAGAGAAGAGAAAGCACAGAGCACACACAGGGUGCUGAGGAUCAGCCAGUUGGACGCACUUGAACUGAACAAGGCCCUGGAGCAGCUGGUCUGGUCCCAGGUCACUCAGUGCUUCCAUGGGUUCCAGCCGGGGCUGCUGGCCCGCUUUGAACCCGAGCUGAAAGCCCUCCUGUGGCUCUUCCUGUGGCGCUUCACCGUUUACUCCAAGAACGCCACCGUGGGCCAGUCGGUCUUAAAUAUCCAGUACAAAAACGACUUCUCCACGAGCCAGCGGUACCAGCCCCCGAGCAAGAACCAGAAGCUCUGGUACGCCGCCUGCACCAUCGGCGGGAAGUGGCUGGAGGAACGCUGCUACGAUCUUUUCCGAAACCAUCACUUGGCCUCCUUUGCGAGAGCCAAGCAGUGUGUGAACUUUGUGGUGGGCCUCGUGCAGCUCGGGGGCCUGAUUAACUUCCUGAUCUUCCUCCAGAAGGGCAAGUUUGCAACUCUGACGGAACGCCUGCUCGGCAUCCGCUCCGUGUUCUGCAAGCCCCAGCAGGCGCGGGAGGUGGGCUUCGAGUACAUGAACAGGGAGCUCCUGUGGCACGGCUUCGCCGAGCUUCUCAUCUUCCUCUUGCCGCUCAUCAACACCCAGAAGCUGAAGGCCAAGUUAUCCUCCUGGUGCAUCCCCCUCGCCGGGGCUCCGCACAGCGACAGCACCCUGGCCAGCAGCGGCAGGCAGUGCUCCCUGUGCGGGGAGUGGCCCACCAUGCCCCACACCAUCGGCUGCGAGCACAUCUUCUGCUACUACUGCGUGAAGAGCAGCUUCCUGUUUGACAUGUUCUUCACCUGCCCCAAGUGUGGCACCGAGGUCCACAGCGUGCAGCCGCUGAAGUCGGGGAUCGAGGUGUCGGAAGCCAACGCUCUUUAG